UGCAGGCAGGGCAGGUGAGGCAAGCASCAUGGGGAAGGUAGAGAACUUCAAUAUUACCUGCAUUUUACUUGUAUGAAGUUUUUCUCUCUCUCUUUUUUUGCGGGAUGGUGUGAGACAUCCCGUCUUCUCCACAUGCAGAUUAUCUUCUACGAGAACAGGGAGUUCUCUGGGCGCCAUUUUGAGUGCUCCAAAGACUGUGCAGAUCUGCUGAGGAGUCUGAGCCGGUGCGGCUCCAUCAGGGUGGAGAGCGGCUGCUUCAUGAUUUACGAAAAAGCCAACUACACUGGGAACCAGUACUACCUAAGCAAAGGAGAAUAUCCUGACUUCCACCACUGGACAGGAGUCAGCGACUCUGUCGGCUCUUGUCGCCACAUCCACACGGAGCCUGGGUCAUUCAAUAUGUGCUUGUAUGAGAGGAUUGAGUUUGGUGGCCAAAUGAUGGACCUGAUGGACGACUGUCCCAGUCUAGUGGACCGCUUCAACAUUCACAAUAUCUUCUCUUGCAAUGUUAGAAAGGGAAACUGGCUCUUCUAUGAGCACCCUCAAUACCGAGGCAAGAUGUAUCUGAUUCGACCCGGAGAGUAUAAAAGGUUCAGUGAGUGGGGCGGCAGGAGUGCCAGGGUUGGCUCCAUCAGACGCAUUGUAGACUAUUGAUCUACUCUAGGGGAAUAUAGGUAGCACAGAAGACAGUUUUUUUGUCAUAUUUAUAUGCAUUUUAACCUUAACUUCCUCAAAAAGCUUUACUAGUGUAAUGCAGAACAUUGUCUGUUUGAAUUGAGAAAAUCUUCAACAAAAGCAACAAACAAAUAACAAUAAAUCUGUUCACUUCAUCAUCAUCAUCAUACAUUCUCUCACUUCUAAUAAAGCAGUUUCAAAAAGGAGUCUCCAACGUCCCGUAGGUUGUAGGCAGCAUCAGGACGAUGAAGUGGGAUUACUAAAGAACAACAAAUAGUUGUUAAACAUCUCAUCAGUUUCAUUUUUUCUAAUAAUCCUAUCAUAAUGUUGAAAUCUGCCUUGUUUUUUUAAGUGUUGUAAGACACACAGCUUUCGACCAAUGACACUCCAUUGUCACCAAUAUCAGAUACUGUACUACAAACAGUUUGGUUGCUACCUAAGUCAGGCUGCCAUGGAAUUGAUCACAUGCAAUCGACAGUAUAUAUACUCCACUGAAUUAAAAUUUAUGAUCAGCUAUGAGCCAAUACUGACAUUAAUCUCAUGUUACACUGCGAAUGUGUUCUAUCUGCACUGAUCAAAUUAGUAAAGAUAACCGUUGUUCAACUACUUAGAGGCAAUAAUAGGCUGUGCAAAGGGAAAUCAUUGAUUCUAGAAUGUUAAUUGUGAAAGGAAAAAAUUAAAUUAGUCUGUGACCACCCAGUCCUGAAAGAAUAAAACUGAAAACAAUGCAAAACUCA